GGAAUAAAAAAAAAAAAAGAACUUACAGCAUAAACAAAAUCGAGUCGAAACAAAAACAGCGCGUUGGACUUGUUUGUUGUGUGGACGGUGCAUACGGAUGGGCAUGGAGCGUGCAGAUCGCAGAACACAUUAGAAUCCCCAGCUUGAUGAUUCACUUACAAUAUUAUCGCGGAGUUUUUAAGAGCGGAGCAGGCAAUUUCCUCUACGCGACAGCGGGACUAAAUUAUUUAUUACACAACAAAUAAAUCAAAAAAAAGCAUCAGUGCAUUGCUAACGUGUAAAAGUGGCAGCGUUCUGCUAAAAAUAGGUUGUAAACAAACCGAGAAAUAGGAAAGAAGCGCGCGCACAGCGUCAUUGACCCACUAAAUUGCCUUUGUCAUUGCCAACGUCGUCGCCGGCUAAAGAACGCGCAAAACCCAACCAAAGCGAAGACAAGUGCAAGAGUCGUUGCAGUAGUAGUAGCACGUGCAGUUGGCAGCCAUGGCGAACCGACAAAUGGCACAAGCCAAUGCCAAUGCGCCCGAGAACCAUCUGCGGCUGUCCUGGCAUGACACCCAGAUGAUGGCCACCCUGAGCCCACAGACUGUCAUGGACUACUUCUGCCGCAAGUCCAAUCCGUUCUAUGAUCAUUUGUGCAACAACGAGACGAUACGGAUGCAGCGUCUGGGGCCCGAGCACUUGCACAACAUGAUUGGACUGGAGUACAUUUUGCUGCAUGUGGCCGAGCCUAUUCUCUAUGUGAUACGCAAACAGCAUCGUCAUAAUCCCUCGGAAGCGACACCCAUUGCCGACUACUACAUAAUUGGAGGCACAGUUUACAAGGCGCCCGACUUGGCAAACGUCAUCAAUGCACGCAUUCUCAACACCGUCGUCAAUCUGCAGUCUGCCUUCGAGGAGGCCAGCAGCUAUGCACGAUAUCACCCCAACAAGGGAUACACUUGGGAUUUUUCAUCCAACAAAGUUUUGUCCGACAAAUCCAAGGCGGAUAAAAAAGAUGCCAGUGCUGUGAAGGACGAGAAUAGCGGCACUCUGUUCCAGAAGCAACGUGUGGACAUGUUGCUGGCUGAAUUAUUGCGCAAAUUUCCACCGCCCAUUCCUCCCAUGCUGCAGAAUCUCCAGCAGCAGCCCUCGGCAGCAGGGGAUGAGAUGACACCCGGCGGUAUCAAUGCAACCGAAAUGAACAACGCCACGGGUCCGCUGGACAUCAAAACAGAGGGUGUGGACAUGAAGCCUCCACCCGAAAAGAAGUCCAAGUGAUUAUGUUAGAGUGUAUUUUUGUCGACGGUUGUGUGGAGAAGUAAAGUACACUGGAACUUAGGUCUAGCUAGGAUAGAGUA